UAUAGCAAAGCUCUAGUGAAGUCCGUGAAGUGUUUAGUUUAGGUCGGCUGCCUUGGAAUACCAACAAAACCAAUUCUACUCUUUAUAAAUGGAAAGUGGUAUCCGAGUUACGUAUAUCUCAGAUGUGCUGUAACCGCACUCGCCUUUUAAUACUGACUAAAUGUGGGAGAGUUUAUACAGUAAAUAUUUGUGCUUCUGCUGAAGUUCCUCUUCUUUUGAAUGGUUUUGGAGGUAAAGAAGUUAUACAAAUAGAUGCUAAUGUUGGAGGAGCACAUCAUAUGGCCCUGACUCAUGAUGGUGAAGUUUACUCAUGGGGUUUUGGUGGUGCACUUGGUCAUGGAGAUUACAAGUCCUUACCUCAUCCUGUGCUCAUUCAAGACCUUGUUGGAAAAUUCAUCUGUCGCAUUUCAAGUGGUGUUGGGGAUAGUGCAGCUGUUACCUCUUCUGGAGAAUUAUAUACUUGGGGUUCUGGUAAAGCUGGCAUGUUAGGACAUGGUAAUAGUGAAGACUGCCUUCGUCCAACAUUAGUGGCUGCUCUUAAAGGUGUAAAGAUUGUUGAUGUUGCUAUAGGAGGCCAUCAAACCCUUGCUCUCUCUGAGUCAGGUGUUGUAUAUGCAUGGGGGGAUGAAGACUAUGGAAAAACUGGUCGAACUAACUGUGAGCUAAGUACUCCUAAGGUAGUCGACAAACUGACUGGGAUUGAUAUCUGCCGUGUAUUCAGUGGCUUAGAGAUGUGUGUUGCUUUGGCACGAAAUGGAUCUGUUUACACCUGGGGUAAAGCUGAUAAUUCCCGUUUAGGACAUGUAUGUGAAGAAACUGGAAAAUUUCCUAAACUUAUGGAAAGUUUUGUUGGAAAGAAGAUUGUUGAUGUAAGUGUAGGACUAGGUUAUGGCAUAGCUGUAACAGAUGAAGGUGAAGUAUAUGGUUGGGGUACAAAUGACUGUGAACAGCUUGGUGAUUUCAGUGGUCCAGGACCUGGAUUGAUUGCAUCUUUUAAAGGAAAAAGUGUUGGUGCUUGUUGUGGUGUAAUGCAAACUAUAAUAUGGACCAUGACCGAACAGAAAAGUAUAUCUCUUAAGCUUCCUUAUGUCAUUGAUGCCUGCCUGAUUACAUUCCAGUUACUUGAUGAACUCCUGACAUUAAUUUUUGAUGGAUCUGAUGGCAGUUUGAGUUUUUCCUUUAGUUUAGAAAAGGAAUGUAUUGCUGUAGCCUGUUUAAAUCUCUUAAAAUUACAGCUGUGUGCUGCUAUUAGCAAUAAACUUCAGAAUAGUAACUUUGAAGAUUCGACUGUACUACACGAUUUGAAGCAGAAAGUUAUUGAUCUCGCUGUCUCACCUGGAGUGGUUUACUCUAUUCAAGCCGCUGCACAGAAUGUGCUGCGUGUUGGGUGGAUGAUUCUUCUACCUACUGCAGAUGAAAGAGCCAAAGCACUUUCUCUUCUUUUGUCUGGUCCACAAAAUUCACGAAUCAGUUCUGGCUGUCAUUUUAUGACUGAUCUUUUAGUGGAAAGUUUAAUGGCUGAUGGGGGAUUAGAGUCUGCUCUUUCAACUGCUGUCAAAUUUGAACUGGAGGAAAUAGAAUAUGCUGUGUCGGAUUAUGAUUUUCAGACAGAAGACAAGAGUGUUCCAGCAUCUAUGCCAUUCAAAUCCAUAUAUCCUCAGCAAUUUGCUGUAUUAGAAGAUCCAACAUAUUCUGUUGAUAUUCCUCUGCUGUGCCUUGUUAAGCAACUUUUGAGGAGUGCCACAUCACAAACUUUAACAAAACUUCAGAACUGUCUCCCUAAAAACAUGAUGUCAUCUUCUAUUAAAUUUGAGAAACCAGAAAAAGUAGAAAAAUCAGCAUCUUUGAAUUUACUUUUGAAAUAUCAAAGGUUGCUCAUUUUUGAGUUUUAUCUUGCUGGUGAAUUUUGCACUGCAUCUGAAAAAAGGAAAGAUGAUUGUAAAUCCAGCUUCAGUUUAGAAAUUAGAGGUCUGGCUUCUUUAUUGCGGAAAUAUGUUUCAAUGUUAACAUCAUUUUUAUUUGAAACAUUGCCUCUGGCAUCUUCAUUGGCAUCACACAGUCCUUAUCAUUUUGCACUUGCUUCAUCAAUUUUAGAGAAUGAUGUUUGUGGUAUAUUGUUUCCUGAAUUUCUGAUUUGCUUAGUUCAGUUGGAAAUUAUGUAUCCUUGUCUGAUUCACCAAGCACAGCUUAUUCCUCUAUUAUCUCAGUUGCUUGACCAGUUGGAUAAGUUUAAUCGUCUUGCACCAGGAUUAAAUAAAGAAGAUUCAACUGAUUUAUUAUGGCAUGGAAAUCCACUUUGUGAUGUGGGAAUCCCUGUUGCACAGUUACCUGAAGAUAGCCCAAUUAUUCAUAAAGCAGACUUGGAAAAUCAUAAUAAAGACGGCGGACUUUGGACUGUAAUUUAUGGCAAAGUAUAUGAUGUUCAAGAUUUCAAACUUAGAGCACCUUGUGGUAUUGCAAAUAUUGAAGAGUACUCAGGAAAAGAUGCUACUGGUGCGUUUGAAAAUGCAAAUCACACUGAUGAUGCUAGAAAACUACUUCAGACGUUUUUUAUUGGAAAUUAUUGUGAUCCUGAUUUAGAGCUUACUCAGCGAGCUGAUCCAUCAAACUAUACUUCAGUAAUGAUAGACACUCAACGAACUUUAGCUUACCUUUUGGGGUUGAGUUCCCGUAAUGAAGUUGUGGGCCCUCCUAUGAAUGCCUGUGAAACUGAAUAUUCUCAGUGGCUUUCUUCAUCUGUGAUGUUAGGGGGCCUUCAGGUAUCACAGCCUCCAAAUCCAUUUGAAGAAGAAAAGGGUGAAGCCCGUAGUGCUUCUACAGCUGCAUCUCCAGUUUCAGGGUCAACACCAAUUGAUAUCAAGUCAACAGUAGGCAUGCCACAGCUUCAGUUUUCCUCAUCUCAGUCUGAUUCUUUCAUACAGAAUAUUGCAGAAGGUCACUUUAAUGAGCCUCUUGUGAAGAAUUUUGUACAUUUAGUGCAUGAGUAUAGUCGCACGCAUCAUAUAACAGUCCAUCUGAAUUUUCCAAUAGAUCAUCCUGUGGAAGAAGUGGGAUGGUUAUUAAUUGCUUUAUUAUUAAAACAUUUGGGUCUUGGAGAGCUCUGCAUAGCUGCUGCUGAAGGAGUUUUUGCUCAGAUGCCACCGACUAUUGAGCAUGUAUUUAGAAUUACUCACCAAGCUAAAUGCUGCUUGAUAAAGGCACGUCAAGAUAUCAAUAGCUCAUACAAAGAAGUCUGUAGUCCUGUAUUUGAAAGGUGUAGAUUCUUGUUCUAUGAAAUACGUCCAGCUCGAAGUCCUGAAGUUGAGGCACUUACAAAAUUAAGGUUUUAUACAGCUGCUUCUAAAUGGAAAUAUGCUGUUCAUAAGUUAAUUAAAAAUCGACGAAUGUCAAAAGUGCCAAAAGGAAAAAGUGACUCCAUUUUUAGUGAAAAAGAUCAGGAAUCAGGCAAUAAUAAAUUUGGCUGUGCUGGUAAUGCCUAUUUACAUUCAAAUGUAUCUUCCUGCGGUUCUGAAUUAGAGAUGCUUGCUAAUGAUAUCAUUACUUUUGUACUUGAUGAUGAUGUAGAUGUGGAAAGUUUAAGAAAAGCUGUGUACUGUCAGGUGAAACGAGCUAAAGUGCGUCGCAAGGGAUUUGAAUCUUUGCUGAGUUUAGUUAAAAAAGAUUUCUUGAUACCAUCUGUAAAAUACUCUUUAUUGAGUGGCUGGUUAGAUCUCAUUGAAGUAGGACAAUCUAAAAAUAACCUUCCUCACUGCCUUGAAAAUAUAUCCAUUAUUCCCCCAUAUGAUCGAGUUAUGGUAGAGAUGCAAUAUACAUCUUUCAUAUCAUGGACAGUUGGAGAAUUACAAGCAAAUAUUGUGCAGAUGGAUACCUUAAAUUCCAAGCUUGCCAUCCGUUGUCAAGAAUUAAGUGUAUCUAAACAGAAGCAUUUCCUUUCACUUCAUUGUAAAGAUAAUGAUUUCAAGCACACAGAACGCAUAGAAUUACUUCCAAUAGCACGUUUCAUAGUAGUUUACAUCGGGCUACUCUUUGGAGAUCAUCAUGUUCAAGAAGUUGGUCUCAUAUGUACAUCUGGAGUUCUUGCACUUAUGCAGACUGUUUUGCGCAUAUUAGGUCUUUCUCGAAAUGGUACUCAUGACAACCAAUCUGAAUCACUGUAUGCUGUAUUGGAGGAAAAUUAUAAAAAAUAUAAAAUACAAACACCUUUAAGUGGUCUAGAAUUGGCAGCUGUUAUGAAAAUUGGAACUAGAGUAGUGAAAGGUGUGGACUGGAAAUGGGGACACCAGGAUGGCCCUCCACCUGGUGAAGGUACAGUCAUUGGAGCACUGGGUGAGGAUGGUUGGAUUAGAGUCCAGUGGGAUACUGGAUCAACAAAUUCGUAUCGAAUGGGUAAAGAAGGGAAAUAUGAUUUAAAACUUGCAGAUCCUCUUCCUGUUCCACAAAAAGAUACUCUCUCAGAUUCUGAAGAUGAUGACACUAUUUCAGAUGUCUCCAAGUCCCAUCAACCAGCUUCUCUUCUACAUCAUUCAUGCCUGCUGCUGAUGAAAAGUUUAUCAAUUUACAUUGGAUUAUAUGCAGACUGCAUUCCAAAGCAAGCUAUUAAUGCGCUAUCGGGCCUUUUAAGAUCAAUUUUAAGUACAGUAUAUGGUGAAGCUCAAACAAAAUGCUCAACAGCAAGUUUGACUUUACCUGAAUGGUUGUCUUCAGAGUUACAUCAUGAAUGGGCCUCUUUUAGCUUCAUACGAGCCAUUGCUUGUUCAUCUGUUAUGUGCAGUUCUUUAAGUACUCAAUCAUGGAUAAAUUUAUUGAUGAAAAUAAUAUCAGGCAACCAACAGUUGUCUGGAUGUCAGCUGAAUGUAAAGAUACAAACUAUAAAACUACUUAAAAUAAUAUUGUCUACGUGGUCAACUACUUGUGGCCAGGAAAGAUUCAUUGAUAUCGCCCACCAGCUGUUCAGCUCACUUGGAAAUGUUCUUUUGUCCUGUUCAAAGGAUCCAACUCUGCAUCCAAUAGAAUAUCCACAUAAAGGAAAGUGGCAAAUGCGUCCCAAAGUGUCCUUGACUGCAUCUCAUUGUAGUACAUUAGCUGAAGAAUAUGUUAGUCUUCUGCGUCAUCUGCAGACAUUACCAUCUUGGAGAAAAGUUAUUGCAGGUUUUAUUUCUUCACAACUGGUUUCCUUGAAGGAAAAUAUGACUCAAGAAAAUGAAAUAAGUGAUAGUUUGUUAUCCAAGAAUUAUGAUCUGAUAUUGGCAUCAUUGGCAGUAUUAGGUGGUGUUGACAGAAGAUUGCAUUUAGGUGGUGUAGUUAUGAAUGAGAAAGGGGAAUUAUGCACAGUUGAAAAAAUUUCUCCUACUGGUAAAAUCCACUUGCAUUGCCACAAAACAAAAAAUUCAACAAAGCAUCUUUUAAAUCAAAUCAAACUGGUACAUGCCCCAAAAUUUCAGUUAGAUGAAUGUCUUAUAACUGAUGAUAUGUUUGAUGUAUGGACAAGUUUAUUAGGUCUUGCAGUUGGAGAAGAACACAUUAUAGAACAGAAAAGUAAAUCUAUCGAUCUGAAUUUGAUUACAUCAACUACAUCAACCGUAAAUAAGAGCUACUUGCAACAUCAGUACUUCAUGCUUAAUUUGAUUAAAGCUGUCCGUGUGUUAUUUGGUCACCAGCGACUUCUGCAGAAGGUUAUAGUACGCCCUUUUCGUCCUAACUCAACAGUUUGUGACAGUGCCAUCUCUACUUCACAGUUAUCUUUACAAAGAGGAACUUCUGAAUCUAAUGACAACAUGUUGUUACUGCAAUAUUUAAUGUCUGCAGCCAGUCAACCAUCACCUUUAAAAUGCAUCUUUACUUGGGAGGAAAUUGAGGCUGCAGCUUUAGCUUUGGUCCAGUAUCUCAUGUCUGUUACUAAUAUGCCUUCUUCAUCUGAUAAAGAAGCAUCUGUUAGUAGUCCUGUUAGUGAGCCUGGAACUAAUACUGUUGAUCCUGAGGCUGAGCAACCUCACCCUGUAAUAACCCCUGUCACACGGCAAAGAAAAAUGCGUGCAAAAUCUUCAUCAGUGCUUGCAAAAACUGAUCCACAAAAAAUACAGCUUUUCACUGAAAUGGGAUUUUCACGAAGGAACAUUGAAAUGGCAUUUCGAACUUUAAGUUCCCUUGAUCCUGAAGCUGAUUUUCCAAGUAAAUUAGAUGCAUUUUUGAGUGUUCUUCUGGAUUAUGAAGAUCAGAUGGUUGAAGUCUCAGAUGAUGAUAGUUCAACAUCUUUUGAAGCAUAUUCUGAUUCUGAUUCAUUUACAGCAGAUGAUGAAACUGAUGUGCCUAAGGAAGAUAAUACUUACCGUUCUCGAAAUGAUUUUCAUAGUAUUUCUGAAUAUUCUGUUUAUAUGUCUGAAAACAUCAAUAUUGGUAGCUGGGUACGGUGCUGCAUCCAGUAUGAAGAACUUCAAGUGGGAGACAUAGGAGUUGUUACUCAUCUUGAGUAUGAUGGUUAUCUUAAUGUAUUUGUGGACUGGAAACGGAUUGGAAAACAAUAUUGGAUGAAAUAUCCGCAACUUGAACUUCUUCCUACACCAUAUCAGAUUGACCACAGUUCAGCACCUGCCCCAUGCUCACUUGAAAUUGGAGAUCAUGUUAGAGUGAAACCUUCUGUCAGUAUGCCUUUGUAUAAAUGGGGAUGUGUAUCUCCAGAAUCUGUUGGAAUUGUGAGAGCUGUAAAUUCAGAAGGCAAGAAAUUAAUUGUUGAUUUUCCUACUCAAAUGGGAUGGAGAGCAUUAACAUCAGAAAUGGAGAGAGUUUCAAGCCCUGCGAAUGAAAACUUAAUAUGUGAUGGUUGUCAGUUAAAGCAACUGAAGACACCUCUGUACAAAUGUAAAAUAUGUCCUAAUUUUAACUUCUGUUCAUCAUGCUACAAAUCUGGCCGUGUUCAUAUGCAUGAGCUGUACCUUGUAAAAGAAAGAGAUUCAUGCUUGAUUAAUUCUGUUCCUGGUUUUAUUGAUGAUUGGAGAAGAUGUGUAAAAAAUCUCGUUGUUUCGUCACGAGAAAAUAUGGUUCACAGGUUAACUGAUGGUUCAAAUUACUUUUGGCAGAGUUUUGGCAAACAAGGAAAGCAUUGGAUAAGGUUAGAAAUGCAACCUGAUAUUCUUGUUCAUCAUUUACAUAUGAAAGUAGAUCCAUCUGAUUCAAGCUAUAUGCCUUCACUUAUUAUUGUAAGUGGUGGCCCUUCUUUCUCGAGUAUGAAAGAACUUUCUACAAUUCAUGUGGGACAGAAUGAUACAACAGUGCAUCUUCUUUGUGAACAAUCUGAGUAUUACCAGUUUAUAGAAAUUGCUAUUCGGCAAUGUCGUAGUAGUGGCAUUGACUGCAGAAUACAUGGAUUAAAUAUCCUUGGACGCAGAAAAACUGAGGCUGAUGAUACUAUUAACUUCCAGUAUUUAGCAUCUGAUGAAGAUCUUGAAUGUGAUAAUGAGACUGCAAUAAGUAAUGGUCAUAAAUGGAGUACUGGGGAGAUGUUGAAAAAGCUUGAAACAAAGGUUUAUGUAUGGGGACUAAAUGACAAGGACCAACUAGGAGGUUUAAGAGGCUCAAAAAUUAAAAUUCCAGCUUUCUCAGAAACUCUUUCAGCCCUGAAACCUAUUACAAUAUCUGGUGGAUCUAAAAGCUUAUUUAUCAUUUCUCAGGAUGGCAAAGUAUAUGCAUGUGGUGAAGGUACUAAUGGUCGUUUGGGGCUAGGGCAUUCCAACAAUGUAUCAUUCCCCAGACAAAUUUAUUCUCUCAGUCAGUUUGUCAUCCGUAAAAUUGCUGUUCAUUCUGGUGGACGUCAUGCUCUAGCUCUUACAAUAGAUGGUAAAGUUUUCUCAUGGGGAGAAGGAGAUGAUGGGAAACUUGGACAUGGAAAUAGAAUGACAUAUGAAAAACCUCGUCUAAUUUUAGCUUUAAAAUCAAAACGCAUUCGAGAUAUAGCAUGUGGAAGUGCUCAUAGUGCUGCUAUUAGUUCAUCUGGAGAACUUUAUACAUGGGGUCUAGGAGAUUAUGGACGUUUAGGUCAUGGAGAUUUAGUUACUCAAACCAAACCCAAAAUGGUAAUGGCAUUCGCUGGGAAACGAGUGAAACAAGUUUCAUGUGGAAGCAGAGAUGCACAGACUCUGGCAUUGACUGAUGAUGAUAUGGUUUAUUCCUGGGGUGAUGGAGAUUUUGGGAAGCUUGGUCGUGGAGGCAGUGAAGGCUGCCUUGUUCCUGAAAAUAUUGAAUCCCUUAAUGGCCUUGGUGUAGUUCAUGUUGAAUGUGGAGCCCAGUUUUCAUUGGCAUUAACUAAUUCUGGUCAGGUCUGGACAUGGGGAAAAGGUGAUUAUUUCAGACUAGGCCAUGGAGAAGAAAGUCAUGUCAGAAGGCCACAGUUAAUUGAAAGUUUAAGGGACAAAAAAGUUAUACAUGUUGCUGUUGGUGCACUUCAUUGUUUGGCUGUUACAGACAGUGGUCAGGUUUAUGCGUGGGGGGAUAAUGAUCAUGGCCAACAAGGGAAUGGAACAACUACAGUCAAUCGUAAACCUGCUUUAGUGCAAGGCUUGGAUGAUGUAAAGAUAACUCGUGUUGCUUGUGGCUCUUCACAUAGCAUAGCAUGGACAACUAUUGAAGUACAAACUCCAAGACUGCUUGAUCCAGUUUUAUUUCCGGCACCACGGGAUCCUCUUGGUGCUUUAUCUCUUGGAAAGAAUGAUUCUUCUUUGCCAGAUGAAUUAGAUGCCACGUCAAGUAACAAAACAUGUUUUCCUUGUUCAAAAGAAACAACGCGUCCAUCUUUGACAAAGAUUGUUUUAUCAUUGAAUACUGAUCUUGCAAGGCAACAAGCUCUUCACAAUAUUUUACUAGCAAUGCAGAUACAUUUAGCUAGGGAAGCUGUUAUUUCAGCUUUUCUACCCCAUACAGAUGUAAUAGAUGAUUUGACUUUGAAUGUGGAAAAGGAGAGAAGUGUUAGUCCAAAAUUUGAUGAAGGGCUAGAAUUGAUGAAACUUAGCCUAUCUCGAAAUAACAAAUAUUCCUUUGUCAAUAAAGGAUCAAAGACUCCAAGUGAAGAUGAAGGAAAUCAAUCUAGAGAAAUGUUUACUAUAAACUCUUUAUCAAGUUCUGGAAGUCUGUCUUCCAAAGUAUCACCUACAGCUGCUAGUGUUUUAGCUGCAACCUUUUCUUCUUGUGAACAAGUUUGUUCAGAAAAUGCAGAACCGAAUUCUGAUAUUGAUGACUUUACAAAUUUAUCAUCUUCUGAUGAUGCAAGAGUCUUAGUUGAUCUCUUAAAAUUGGCUGUUGCUGGAAGAAUGACUGAUAAAGCAAGAGAUGUUAUAUCAUCUGUGUUACUGAAUAUGAGCAAAACGAAUUUUCAGGUUGGAGAGAUGAUAUUAGAAUUGUGUGUCACUGAAUUAGAAGAUGUUGCAGAAGAUGUAUUGAACAGACGAAAUGUGCCUUUGCCUGUAGUACAAGAAACACCUCAUCCAUAUCCUGAUAAUGUGACAUUAAGCAAUGUGGUCAGAAUUCCUGGUGCUGUAUAUCUCAGAGUGGAAUUUGAUCGUCAGUGCUCUACUGAGAGACGACAUGAUCCAUUAACAAUAUUAGAUGGCUCUGGAAAGAUUGUUGCAAUAAAAUCAGGUCGAGAAGCUGGUGAAUGGUGCACUGAUCUUCACAUACCAGGCAAUGAACUGAGGUGGAAAUUUAUAAGCGAUGGUUCUGUUAAUGGUUGGGGAUGGCGAUUUACAGUGUAUCCAGUAAUGCCUCAGUGCCCUGAUAAAGAAUUAUCUGAUCGAUCAGUGAUGUCUGGACCAUCAAUAGAUUUAGUUAUGUCUCUUUUAGAAAAACAAAUUAGUUUCUCUGCAGAUAUUAAUGCACUUUCGAGAUUAGCGGCCUCUCUAGCUUCUUGUGCUCAAUUAAGUUCCCUUGCUCCAUCUCACAGAAUGUGGGCCCUUAAUAAACUGCGUCAGCUGAAAUCCUCUGUGCUUGGCAGUAAACUAAAUAUUACAAAUAUUAUGACUGCUUCAUCAGAUAUGUCACCUGAAAUUCAGCCAUCAAUUGGGUCUUCUCUCACAGGCCUUGUGAGAGAUUUACCAGAUACACUUCUGCGGCAAUAUGAAUAUGAAGAUGCUGUACUUAGAGCUGGCAAGCACCUUAUGCAUAGUGAUUUUUUUAAGGUACUCGUUGCUUUGGCUUGUGAUUUAGGACUUGAUAGUAUUCCUUCUUGUCAUGAAAAUCAUAAAUGGCUAUGGUUUAGAAGAUACUGCAUGGCAUCAAGAGUAUCUGCUUCAUUGAUACACAGAACUCCACUUCCACUUUCAUUCUGUGAAGAAGUUCGCAAGAAAAUAUGGGAAAUGUGCUCAGAGGAUGAAUAUGUAACUUAUGAGCAUGAAGAUCAUAACCUUUUUAAACAAGAACAUGAUGAACAACUUAUCCUUUGGAUAAAUAGAAAACCUGAUGAAUGGGCUGUUUCUUGGGGAGGAAGUGGAACUAUUUAUGGUUGGGGUCAUAAUCACCGAGGCCAGUUAGGUGGUGUUGAAGGAGCUAAAGUAAAAUUGCCUACUCCAUGUGAAGCAGUGACUAACUUGAGACCACUGCAGAUAGUUGGCGGUGAACAGACAUUAUUUAUUGUAACAUCAGAAAUGAAGGUGUAUGCAACAGGGUAUGGGGCUGGAGGUCGACUUGGCAUUGGUGGUGCUGAUUCUGUGUCUACUCCAACAUUAUUAGAAACUAUUCAAGACAUUCCAAUAAAAAAAGUGGCUGUAAAUUCUGGAGGAAAGCACUGCUUAGCUCUUACCAUUCAUGGUGAAGUUUAUUCAUGGGGUGAAGGAGAUGAUGGAAAACUGGGCCAUGGUACAAAAAGUUCCUGUGACAGACCAAAGAAAAUUGAAAGUCUUUGCGGAAAAGAAAUUGUUGAUGUUGCCUGUGGAGGAGCUCACAGCGCAUGCAUUACAUCUGCGGGUGAAUUGUAUACUUGGGGAAAAGGACGAUAUGGACGAUUAGGACAUGGAGAUAGUGAAGAUCAGUUGAAACCUAAACGUGUUGAACUGCUGAUUAAUUACAAUGUCAUUGAUGUUGCUUGUGGUUCAGGAGAUGCUCAGACAUUGUGCAUUACAGACAAUGAUUGUGUUUGGUCUUGGGGUGAUGGAGAUUAUGGUAAACUUGGGAGAGGUGGUAGUGAUGGCUGUAAAAUUCCUGUGAAAAUUGAUGCUCUUACUGGUAUGGGUGUUAUAAAAGUUGAAUGUGGAUCUCAGUUUUCAGUUGCAUUGACUAAAUCUGGAAGUGUCUACACAUGGGGUAAAGGUGAUUAUCAUCGCCUGGGUCAUGGUACUGAUGAUCAUGUUCGAAAACCUCGAAAAAUAUCAGCCCUGCACAACAAAAAAGUUACAUCCAUUGCUGUUGGGUCUUUACAUUGCGUUGUAUGCAUAGAUACUGGUGAAGUAUACACUUGGGGAGAUAAUGAUGAAGGUCAGCUUGGUGAUGGUUCAACUAAUGCUAUUCAACGUCCAAGAUUAGUUCCAGCUCUUACUGGGAAAAAAAUCAACAAAGUUGCUUGUGGCUCUGCUCAUACUGUUGCUUGGUCUACAUGUAAAACUAGUCAUUCUGGAAGAUUACCAUCUACAGUUCCUCUGGAAUAUGAUCAUUUAAGAGACUUCAGCAUACCAGUUUUACGUAAUCGGUACUGCUUAUUGUAUCAUUUUUCUGAGCUUUUCUGUGCUUCUAUACCUAUGUUUGAUCUUGGAAACGACAAUCUCCGUGGUCUUCUGGUGUCUUCUGGAAAAGAAGCUGCUUUUCGUAAAGUUUUGCAAGCUACUAUGAUAAGAGAUAGGCAACAUGGACCUGUUAUUGAACUAAACAGAAUGCAAGUAAAAAAAUCUAGGUCUAAGGGAGGUUUAGCUGGAAAUGAUGGAGCUAAAUCUGUAUUUGGGCAAAUGGUAUCAAACAUGAGCUUAAUUUCACAAGAAAGCUUACUUCUUCCUCAUCGAGUGUGGAAAGUUAAAUUUGUUGGUGAAAGUGUUGAUGAUUGUGGAGGUGGGUAUAGUGAAUCAGUUGCAGAAAUGUGCGAUGAGUUGCAGAAUGGCUCCUUGCCACUUCUUAUUUUGACUCCUAAUGGCCGAGAUGAUGCUGGAACAAACAAAGACUGCUUUUUACUCAGUCCUUUGGCAAAGUCUAGUUUGCAUCUGGAUAUGUUUAGAUUUCUUGGUAUGCUUAUGGGAAUAGCUAUGCGAACAGGUAGUCCUCUAAGCUUAAAUUUGGCUGAACCUGUGUGGAAACAACUAACGGGAAUGUCUCUUACAUCAUCUGAUCUAACUGAAGUUGAUAAAGAUUAUGUACCUGGGCUUGUUAGCAUUAGCUACAUGGAAGCUGAAAGCCUGCGGAAAUUUGACUUGCCCUUCAGUACUCAUAGUGCAACUGGUGCAGAAAUUCCUCUUAGCUCAAAGUAUUCUUGUAUUACUCCAGAAAAUCGAGUGGAAUAUAUUCGUCUUGCAUUGAAUUAUAGGUAA